UUGAUGGCGUUAAAAAGAAUGGGAAUUGUCAAAGAUUAUGAGAAAAUCCGUACCUUUACAGUUGCAGUAGUAGGUGUAGGUGGAGUUGGCAGUGUGACUGCUGAAAUGUUGACAAGGUGUGGCAUUGGUAAGCUGCUUCUGUUUGAUUAUGACAAGGUGGAAUUGGCAAACAUGAACAGACUCUUCUUCCAACCUCAUCAAGCUGGAUUAAGUAAAGUGCAAGCAGCAGAGCAUACUUUGAGGAAUAUUAAUCCUGAUGUUCAAUUUGAAGUACAUAACUACAACAUCACAACACUGGACAACUUUGAACACUUCAUGGAUAGAAUAAGUAAUGGUGCACUAGAGGAAGGGAAGCCUGUCGAUCUUGUUCUAAGCUGCGUGGACAACUUUGAAGCUCGCAUGGCAAUUAACACGGCCUGCAAUGAACUUGGACAAAUCUGGAUGGAAUCUGGAGUGAGUGAAAACGCGGUGUCAGGACAUGUACAGCUGAUCAUACCUGGUGAAUCUGCUUGUUUUGCGUGUGCUCCUCCACUUGUAGUUGCUGCAAAUAUUGAUGAGAAAACAUUAAAACGAGAAGGAGUUUGUGCAGCUAGUCUUCCUACAACUAUGGGUGUUGUGGCAGGAAUUCUUGUACAAAAUGUUCUGAAAUAUCUGUUAAAUUUUGGUACUGUGAGUUAUUAUCUUGGUUACAAUGCAAUGCAGGAUUUCUUUCCAACUAUGGCUAUGAAGCCAAACCCACAAUGUAGUGACCAAAAUUGCAGAAAACAACAGGAAAAUUAUAAGAAAAAAGAAGCUGCACAACCAAAACAAGUAGUAAUUGAACAGGAAGAAGAAGUAGUACACGAAGAUAAUGACUGGGGCAUCGAGUUAGUAUCAGAAAUUUCAGAAGAUGAGCUGAAGGCUGCAUCUGGCCCAGUCCCUGAGCUUCCUGAAGGAAUUACUGUAGCAUAUACUAUCCCAAACAAGGAAGAGAAUUUGAUAACUGAGGAAACAGUAGCUGACGGUGAAGAAAGCCUAGAAGAACUCAUGGCCAAAAUGAGAAACAUGUAGCGAAACAAAUAUUAAG